AUGGCCGCCACUGAUGCUGCAGAACAUCUCUCCAACAAUGUUACAGUUGUGCUACAGGAAGGUGACGGGGUGGACUACUGCGCAGUGGUGUCGUCGCUCACGCAGCUGAUGCUGGACCCACACUUCCGCACCAUCUCCGGCUUCCAGUCGCUCAUACAAAAGGAAUGGGUCGCGUUAGGGCAUCCCUUCUGUGACAGUCUAGUGCAAAGGCCGGUAUGGGAUUGGGGCGAGCAGUUCUCGGAAGAAGAUAAAGCUCUAUUUGAGAACCCGUUGUAUGCAUGCCAGUCCAUAAGAUUACCGUCGCAGAGGAUAUCUCAGUAUGGUGGCCCGUCUUCCCCGACUCGCCUGGUUAGCGCGUGGUCUGUGGGCAGCGUGGAGGUAUGGUCCGCAUGUUACGAGCGAUGGCUGUCACCGCUAGAUGUAGGACAUGCUGGCGACGUGCAGUACCACGUACACAACAUGUACACAUACAAGGAGGUACCGUCCACUAUGAUAUAUAUCUUUUUAGGGUUCCGUAAUUCAAUACACAAGAAACCCUUAUAGCCAUGUCCGUCCGCCCGUCCGCGGUUUAGCUCAUAAACUAUUUGUACUACAAAGUUGUAUUUGACAUGAGUAUACAGGUUGAUUACGCCGACAAAGUGGUAAAGUAAAAUUUUGAAAAAUAUUUUUGAGGGUACAUGUAAAGUAAGGAUGAUGUAUAUUUUUUUCGUUUUCCCAUAGUGUGAGGCAUCGUUAGAUAUGUCUUUCAAAAUAUUGGAGGUGUGGGAAAGCCGUUUUUCGAUUUAGUAAACCGUUUGUGACUUGUUAAACUUUAAAGAGCUAAUUUUCGUUGAAGUCAAGUGUGCCUCCCUCCCUUUUUCCAACCAAAAUGACCAAAAUGGUAAAAAUCCAAACGUUGUUACAAUAGUACUUAUUUAUUAUGAAAUUAAAAGUAAAACUCACACUUAAGUUUAUGAAUAAUAACCGUCCAAUUGUAUUUUACUUGAAGAUUUCGGAUAACUCAGUAGAAAACAAAAAAAAAAAUUUUUAUUACUAUAUAGUUAAUAUAUUAGGCCGCAAAUAAUUUGUAUAGAGUUUGUAUGAACCGUUCUGGACAGCAGCGGGGAGGGCAACGGCGGCAGCUGUGUGAUUAUUACUGUUCUCAAAUGCAGUUUUAACUAAUAUUAAAACGAUAUCAACAUUUAAAUCGGCAUAAUUAAUGAACAACUAAUUAAAUAUAAAUAUUUCUUACUCGGAAACUCAGAUUAUAUUAGACACAUAAAUUGAAAUGUGCAAUCUGACUGAUGGUGUCGAGAAUGGGCUAAUUUCCCUAUGUCCUCGCAUGUCCAAUAUGGGGCCAUACUAAUUAUUUAUCAUCUUUUUUAACAAAAAACCACGAAAGUGUUUACUAGGAACAAGUUAAAAAAUAAUAAAUUUCAAAAUAGUUACAUGUUUUUCAUCAUUAUACAGACUGAUUCGAGAGGAAGCUUUCUGUAUAAUGUAAGACCACGCGUGCAAAGCCGCGGCGGAAACAUAAACAUAAAUAAGUAUUAGAGAACAUCACAUACAUUGUUCAGAUUCCAAGAUGUGUAGCAAAAGCCACAGGCGCUUUUCGGAUUAUGAUUAAUGAGUAUCCGAGACAACGUGUGGUGUGGCACCUUACCACAACACCCAGACCCGAGACAAUAUAGAAAAGUCCAAGUUGCAGAAACGUCCAUUAAGGUUUAUUAAAGCUAUAAUUAAUGUUCUGUUUGAAAAUUUGUAUUGGUUAUGUCGCUUUAAACUAAUGACAAUUUUAAUGGACGCGCGUUUCAUAUGCGUCAUACUUCGCACCCAUUGUCGCAGACGCUUGCAAUGUGGGCACUAUAGUCCGUUACCGAUGAUAGCAUGUGUAUAUAUUAUAUAUUUUUAUUUAAAUUUAUUUAUCAAAACAAAAAAUUUUUUUUAAUAGACAUAAUAACUGAAAUCUAACCCUCCUAUAUUUAAAACAUUAAUACUUGUAAUGAAAAUUUAUAAAUAUAUAUAUUUUUAUAAUAGGGAUUGAAUCAUUCGUCAAUUUUUUAUUAUUGUUGUCGUAAUAUUAAAGUAAAUUUUAAAAAAAAUGUAUUUUUCUGACUCGAGUUCAUCUUGUUCAUGAAUAAAUAUUUUUCCUUAAUCCUAUUUUAUACAUUGACCUCAAAAUCGAACAUCUCUAUUAGAAAUAAACACAAUAUUAUCGAGUUUUUGUAUAUUUUUUUAUUACCAUGUCACUAAAAAUUUCAAAGUUCCAAACGUCACCGUACCCAUGCUAUGUGAAAAAGACUAUAAACACUGCUCUAACCACAGAUAAAAAGGUUGAACGACAAGCUGAACUCGCUCUCGAUACUGAGUUCGCCUCGGUCCGAUGGUCCGGAGGUGCGGGAGUGUCCGCCGGUGGUGUCUCGUUUCUUUCCGUUCGGCGCGGGCGGAGCGCUCCCCUCCACGAUAGAUACGCCGCAUCUUGGCACGCUCGACCCUGAACAACUACUAGACUCGCAGUCACUACUCAAUGCGCCAGACUAACGUGAGUAACGUAAGCAUUUUAUUUCGUUCCACCUCCCUUUCAGCUCAGGAUGUCCACUUCCUAAAAUGCUUACUUCCCGAAAUGUCUAAUUCCAGAAAUAUCCAAUUCUUGGAAUGUGGAAUACUCAGAUGAAUAAUAUAUUUUGAGUUCAAUUGCUACACGACUUCUUUGGGUAUUAUGUAGUUUAAAUAUACCAACAUAAAACAUGUUAUUCAUUUAUAUAUAUUCUGGACAUUUCAGGAAUUGGACAUUCUGAACUAAAAGGCUCCCGUCGUUUCAUUUCUCUGAUGUUAUUUAAUACACUGCUCAGAUCCCAAAUUAAGUAGCUAAAGCAUUUGUAUUAUGAAAAUCUGAAUCUAUGAAGGUACCAACAGCACCCAGACCAGAGUUGAUAUAGAAAAUUACUAGUUUUGAUAAAUUUUGCAUUUUCAAUGCUGUAUCUAUAAUAUCACUAUAUUGAUAUUGAAAAAAAAGAAAUGCUGCCAUAUUUUUAUUAG